AUGCUAAAAGGGAAGGUGCAUCCGGUGGAGCAUAUAAAGAUUGGCAAACACGUCUUUCCGAUCUGGUCACACCCAUUACUGCGAAAAAAUCUGCGGGACGAGGUCUUGCUGGAGCAGGAGAUCGAGAAGCGGCUUUACAACCCUGAGCUUCUGCAUGCGGUAAAUGAAGUUGUGGAGCGACUUCUGCAAGAAGGCGUGACGGGUAGCGUUAGCGAAGAGAUGGUGGAAGAUUACCUUGAGGCCGCGCUUGAUCGCCUCGACAACUACUUCAGCGACAAGGAUCCAGUGAACACGUCACCCACGCCACUGCCAAAUAGGCUGGCAACGAGCGGCAAUUGCCACAACGUCCUCCCAGCCGUGCGAACGCCGCCUUCUUCCGUGCGUCGUGUGUUUCCGUCGACAGGCCAUAAGCGUGCCAUCCUUCCUACGCAUACGCCACCGGUUCAGCAGCAGAGGCUGCGGACGACGUGUGGACCCAAACCUAUCCCUGCCCCUGAGAAACAUGUGAAGAACGAGGCGGAUAGCGAGAUGAGAUCUCUCGCUCUUGUAGGGCUCUCCCGGCAGCGUCUUUUUCCCAUGUGUGCUCAUUGGUCGGAUGAGGCUAGCGAUGAUGGCUCAAUGCUGUCGUUUCCAUGUAAGUUGCACGCACCGUCACCGCAUUCACAACGCGAAAAGGGCGGGCAGCAGACCUCAAAACGGUUUCCGUCACGUCAAUUUAAGAGUGAGGCUCCACCGGAGUGGAGGAAAGCGGUGCGCUCGCUUUUUUACUCCAUGCUGUCGCUCCGUCUGGAGGAAAGUGGCGGGGUUCAGCUGGAGGAGAUGGACCUGCGUGGAGGGGCAAUGGGUUUGCUGCGACUGCAGGGAUGCGAGCUCUCCGCGCUAAGUCCACAGGCUUUCGGUGCAUUGGAUGUGACGCUCGACGGUAAUUCAUCCGCCAUUCACUGCCGUCAACCCGCAGAGCCCAGCAUUCUUCAGCGCUCUCACAUCCAAAGGGCUGAGAAGCCGAUCGGGGUAGAGCCAAGUGCGCUGCGUGGAAGGGUGAUGGCCAAGCUUGCGCAGUCACACUUCAUCAGCACAGUGGAGAAGAAAUGUGUGCAUGCGACGGGGAACUUAUUGAGCCAUGCGUGGGGGAACGCGGAGUCGUCGGCCGCCCUGAGGACCACAGGGGAAAGUGGACAACUGCAAUUACCGAGUGACACAACCCGAAGCCGUGCCUUAGCCUCGAUUUUGGAAAAAAAGAACGUACAAAAGUGA